AUGAGUUCAACGAGAAAGGCAUGGUUGGUGGCGGCAAGCAUCGGAGUCGUGGAGGCGUCCAAGGACCAAUUAGGCUUGUGCCGGUGGAAUUACGUUCUCCGAUCGGUGAAUCAACGUAUCCGAAACAAUAUGAGAUCUGCUUCUCAGGCGAACAGGUUCUCUUCCUCGACGUCGUCCACCGUCAUCGGCGGCGGCUCCGGUAAAGAUGAGAAGGCGACGCAAGCUGAGGAAUCUCUCAGGACGGUUAUGUACUUGAGCUGUUGGGGUCCUAACUGA